AUGAAAAGGUUAUCUCUACUAUCAACAAUAAAUAAAUUAAAUAAAUUUGGUAUUUCACCAAUCUAUCAAUAUGGUUUAAAUUCAACAACAUUAAGAAAUAUUAUAACCAUUCAACAAAGAUCUUACGCAUCAUUAUCAUCAACACCACCAUCAUCAUCAUCAUCAUCAUCAUCAUCAUCAUCAUCAUCAUCAUCAUCAUCAUCAUCACCAUCACCACCAUCACCAUCACCAUCACCAUCACCAUCACCAUCACCAUCACCAUCACCAUCACCAUCACCAUCACCAUCACCGUCACCGUCACCAUCACCAUCACCAACCACAACCUCAACAUUUGAAAAAAAAUAUAGUUAUCAAUUUGAAUCAAAAUUAUCAGAAGCAAUAUAUACUCAAGAAAUAGAAAAAAAAAAAUUAAUUGUAAAUGAAAUUAUACAAAGUGAUAAACUUUUAGUUUCGCGACUUACACCAACAUUACUUUUACAAUUAACAGAUUAUGAUAUAUCAUUGGCAUUAAAAUUAUUUGAUAAAUAUCAUAAUGAUUUGAUGUGUCAUAUUGAAAAUAAAAAAGAAAUGAUUAAUCAAGAAGAAAAGCAAACAGAUGAAAAAGCAAUAGAGUAUUUUAAAAAAUAUCAAUUACAACCAUUCGAAAUAAUGUUAGAGUAUUAUGUAAGAAAACAAGAUAUAGAUGGAUUGGAAGCAUUCUGUGUGAAAUACAUUUCAAAAUAUAGAUUUUAUUUUUUAUCAAAACCAUUUUUUAAUAUCUUUAAACAUUUUGGGAAAACUUCAUUUGAAAAGUUUACUGAAUUUGUAUUCCGUCUAUACGAUAUCAAAUCGUUUGCAUCACCAAAAUCAUCAAUUAAAGUAAUGAUUUUAUUAUUGGCACUUCAAAAAGACUCGAAUCGAGGUUUCAAUAGAUUUUUUAACUAUCAUAUAGAAAGAUGGGGUCGCAUCACUAGUGAAGAUGCUUCUAAUAUAUUUAAAUAUUUAAUAGCAACUAAUGAUUUAAAAACAAUCGCUAAUGUCCUAAAUUGUAUCGACUCAAAUAAAACUGAUACUACUAACAAAUUAAUACCCAAAGAGAUUAUCAACUUAUUCAGAGUCUUUUCAAAAUCUGAAAAAGAUAUAACGAUAUUAGUUGGAUAUCAAGAUCUAAUAUUCAAACAAAUGAAAAAAUUACAUCCAAAAGAAAUCGCAGCUAUAAUCUUCUUUUAUAAUGUUAUUGAUAAUACCCACUAUAAAGGUGAAUUUAAAAUUAAUAAACAAUUCCUAUCAAGAUUACAUGGUGAAUUCUUAAGAACUCUACCAAAAGAAACAAUUAAAGUCAUUAUUGAUUAUUUGGUUAAAUAUUUCCUUUCAGCAAAUGAUUAUGAAAAAUCAUUAUAUUGGUUCAAUGCAAAUUCAACAAUAUUUAGUAAUGAAAUUAGUAAAACCAUAAUAUUUAGUUUCAUUGCUUACCAUACAUUACAAUUACCAUCAAAUAAAAUCGAAAAAAAGAGAAUUGAAGAAUAUCGUCAAUUUUGGAGAAAAAUCUUAAAGCAAUCUGAAAAUCAAACUUCUAAUGAUAAAUAUUUAGGUGUGGAGGAAUCUGUUUAUUCAGAUUUUAAGAAUUUAAAUCCUUUAGAAAUAUUGGAAUCAAUAUAUAAAUUAAAUAUAGGCUAUGAAAGGCUUCUAACUAGAAGAUAUGAUUACAAACGUCUAUUAAUAUUUAAUAAAGAUUAUCUUCACGAUACUACUUUAUCAGCAAUGUUAAAAAAUGAUAAUUUUAAAGGUUCAGAGAUUUUCAAUUACUUAAAUGAUAAUUUCUUAAAGAAAUCACAAUUACCAGUUGGUACUUUAUUAUUAGAUACAAUUUUAAAAAUUCAAAGUCUUAAUAAAAGAGAAAAUAAAAAAGAAGAUAAAAAAGAAGAUAAAAAAGAAGAAGUAGAUGAAAAAGAUGAAAAAGUAAAUAAAAAAAAAGGUAAAAAAAAAUCAUUAAUUAGUGAUUAUUGGGAAAAUAAUGAUUCAGGAUUUUCAAGAUUAACAAAUAAAGAAAUUAAUUUUAUUCAACCAAUGUUGGAAGGAAUAAAGAAUGAUUUAAUACUUGAUAGAGAUAUAUUUGAUGAAAGAUAUGAUCAAAUGUUAUCGACAGCACAACAAUUGUCAUUGUCACGGAAAUUGGGUAAAGAUGAAAUUCAAAUAUUAAGAGUAGCAUUAUUGAAUCUUUAUUUCUAUAAAACUGAAGAAUCAAUGGUAGACUAUUUAAAAAUCGUCACUCAAAUGAUUAAAAAUCGUCAUAGAAUUCCAUUUGAUGUAUUUGAACAAACUUGUUGGUUAGUUUUAGAACAUUACAGUAAAUUGGUCGAUAAUGGUAGUGUCGAUAUUACAAUGUUAGUCGAUUUCAUCGAGAAAUUCACUAGAGAUAAUCCAACUUUUGAAAUUGGCUAUUUGGUAAUUUUAAAUUCUUUAUAUUCUCUUCAAAAAUACAGUGAAGCUCCAUCCUACAUUAAUUUACAUUCAAAUUUCAGAAAUACUCAUGACACUUUGUUAUCUCUAACCAAUUGUUUAUUACAACUUAACCCAGAAUCAAUUGACUGGAAACAAUUUUUAGAUAGGAUCGAAUCAUUGAAAAAGUUUGAAAAUCUAGCAUUCUUAUUGAAUCCAAUUAUCAAACAUUUAGAAAAACAUCCAAAAGAAUUGGUUGAUUUCGAAAAUUCCGUUUUAACUGAAUCUCCAUACUCUACUUAUUUAAUCGGUAUUGAUAAUCAAUCUUUUGAAACACUUAUCCGUCAUCAUAUAAAUGAUCCUGUUCAAUUGGAAUAUUAUGCCAGAAGUUAUCUUCGACCUUCCCAAGUAACUAAUUUUCUAUUUGCCAUUGAAGAAAAUAAAAAAUUAGGGAACAGGGAAUUUAUUGGGGAAGAAAUAUUAAAAUAUAACAGGCUUUUUAAAUACUCAACUCAAAAUUUAAAAGACUCCUUUAAUAAAAAUAAAAAAUAA